AUGGAACAACGUAACUGGCUGAGGGAACUGGUAGAGGCCACGCUGAUAGGCGCGUUGGUGUUCGUGGCCAUUCAGGUUGCCGUGGUGAAUUUUCGCGUGGAAGGUUCAAGCAUGAAUCCCACGCUGAUGCCGGGCCAUUACCUGAUGGUGAACAAGCUGGUUUAUUUUCAGCUGGAUACGGGCCGGCUGGGGAGGAUAAUCCCAUUCUGGCGGCCUGCCGAACCCCGGAACGCUUACUUGGGGCGUUCGCCACACCGGGGGGACGUUAUCGUGUUCGACUACCCGCGGGAUACGGAGCGUCAAUUCGUAAAACGCAUCAUCGGGGCGCCGGGGGACACGGUGGCAAUCGCUAACGGGUCGGUGAGCAUCAAUGACGAAAGGCUGGAUGAACCCUAUUUGAAGGUGCGGGGCAAUACCGACUACGGGCCGUUGACGUUGGCCCGAGACGAGUAUUUUGUGCUGGGAGACAACCGAACCGGCAGCCAGGAUUCCCGAGAUUGGGGCACGUUAACCGCCGACCACAUCAUCGGAAAGGUAUGGGUGGUGUAUUGGCCGCAGUCGGCGUGGGGGUUGCUAAGGUAG